AUGUUCAUCCUGAUAAGAAACGGAGUCAUGUUGGAAAUGUUCAACUUGUGCAUUCUGGUAGCUCUCAAACGCAAACAUAUUAGUUGUUAUGUUGCAGCUACCACAGAACAAGUGAUGGAUCAUAAUUAUAAUGUUGUGGCUUGGACGUUUCGUCUCCUUAGUUUAGGAAUGGCAAAUCCUACCAAACCCGAAUUUGUAAAGGGAUAUUGGAGCUGCUGUGGAAAUUUUGAUGCUAAUGCGGUUGGAUGCCGAUGGUUUUGUGAUUCUUUGAAACCUUGCACUUGUGCUGGAUAUAAGCAACCAUUAAACACGCUAGGUUGCACGAAGCAAUGCACAUAUUGUGCAAAGGAAAACGCUAGCAAUGGGUGUCUUCAAGUAGGCUAUAACAACGUAGAACAUGAUUUACCAGC